AUGGACGGCGAUGGCGUGAUCGGUAUGUCGAACCUGGUUGCGAUUCCUAUGAGAGGCGCGGCGCGUGAUACGGCGUUGAGCAGGAAGAGGGGCUGGCACGAGAAGAUGGUCGAUGAACACAAACGCCAAGGCAAGCAAAGGCGAGCAAAUUAG